UAGCCGCUGUCCCGCGAUUUGGCCUCGCUUUUCCGACUGCGAGCCUCUGGUGUCGGCGACGACAUGUGGCGCCUCCCGGGAUUCCGAAGCAGAACUCUUCCCCGUCUGCUUGGGCCUGGCCUCCGGGGGGUGACCCCCAAGCCCACCAGCCCAGAUGGGUCUCAAGCUACCUCCUCGACUCUGCUGGUCUCUGUGCCAAGCUUUGACAGGUCAGACCCCCAUGGCCCAGGUCCAGGCACAAGCAGGGGCCCACGGUCCCAUGGAUGGAAGGAUGCCUUCCAGUGGAUGUCUGGCCGUGUCUCCCCGAACACCUUGUGGGAUGCAGUAUCGUGGGGCACUCUGGCUGUGCUGGCCCUGCAGCUGGCAAGGCAGAUCCACUUCCAGGCAUCGCUGCCAGCAGGUCCUCGGCAAGCGGAGCACAGCUCUUGGCGCAGUCCCCUGGACUGUUUCCUCUCAUCUCCCCUGUGGCAUCCGUGCUCCUCGUUGCGGAGGCACAUUCUCCCCAGCCCUGACAGCCCAGCUCCCAGGCACACUGGCCUCAGGGAACCCAGGCUGGGCCAGGAAGAACUCUCCACUCAGCCCGAGAGCCCCUCCGCACACGGAUCCUUGAGAGCAGCUGAUCCUCAGGAGCCCCCUGAGGAAGAUCCCAGUGAUGUCAGCUUCCUGCAUGCCAGCAGUAGCUUCAGCUCCCAGGCAAAACCAACCCAGCCUCAGCCCACUGGUGAAAAGCAGGAACAAGAUAAAUCAAAAACGCUUUCCCUCGAGGAGGCUGUGACUUCCAUUCAGCAACUCUUCCAGCUCAGUGUUUCCAUCGCUUUCAACUUCCUAGGGACAGAGAAUGUGAGGAAUGGGAACCACACGGCAGCCUUUUCCUACUUCCAGAAAGCAGCAGAGCGUGGCUACAGCAAAGCACAGUACAACGAGGGCUUGUGUCAUGAAUAUGGCAGAGGCACCUCCAGGGACCUUGGCAAGGCGGUCCUUUGUUACCAGCUGGCUGCCAGCCAGGGCCACAGCCUGGCUCAGUACCGCUAUGCCAGGUGCCUGCUACAAGGCCCAACCCCCUCGAGGGACCCUGAGCGGCAGAGGGCAGUGUUCAUGCUGAAGCAGGCUGCAGACUCAGGCUUGAGAGAGGCCCAAGCUUUCCUCGGGGUGCUUUUCACCAAGGAGCCAUACUUGGACGAGCAGAGAGCUGUGCAGUAUCUUUGGCUUGCUGCCAACAAUGGGGACUCACAGAGCAGGUACCACUUGGGAAUUUGCUAUGAGAAGGGCCUUGGUGUGCAGAGGAGCCUGGGAGAGGCUGUGCGAUGUUACCAGCAGUCAGCGGCUCUGGGGAAUGAGCCUGCCCGGGAGAGGCUGCGGACCCUCUUGUCCAUGGAGGCAGCAGGUGCAGGUGCAGCCUCGGGGCCCAAGGACCUGGCAGUCACAGGGUUGAAGUCCUUCUCCAGCCCCUCCCUCUGCAGCCUGAACACCCUGCUGGCAGGAGCCUCGCGCCUCCCACAUGCCUGGAGCACAGGGAACCUUGGCCUCCUCUGUAGAAGUGGCCAUCUCAGAGCCAGCCCCAAGGCCCCCAAUAUGGCUGUCCCCCCACACUCCUUGGAAAGGAGUCUCGUCAGGCUGGGUUUUGGCUAAGACCUUCUCACUUCAGCCCUAAAGAUGGAGCCUGUGGGCUCUCAGAGAGAUACCACAACUUGAGUCCCAAAGAAGAGGCCAGUCAUCCACCCACCUUCCCAAAGAACCUUAAGUACCUGCCCCAGCACCGUCAGGAGGAGGAGAGUGUGUGGAGGCCCGGGUUCUGGCCAUGUCACUGUGCAUGGCCACGUCACCUUGAAGCAGUGAGUAGCUUGACUCACCGCCUUGUCCCUCUGCUGUAGACCAAGAGCAAUGGUGUCUGCCCUCCGACUCUGCAGGGCUGGUGUGGGCAUUGCACUGUGGACAGGACCUGAGGAGGCAUAUGUGUUUACGUGGCUUUAUGAGUCACCAGGCCAGGAGGAGUGCCAGACCUCCUGACUCCUGGUCCAGGGCUCUCUGUGCUGUUCACACUGUAAUUUUACGUGGAAGUGUUUUUAUUGUCCUGUGGAUGUGAGGGAGUGAAUGGAGAUCGAGUACCUGGACUCUUGGAGCAGGAGAGUGUGGAUUUUGAGUGGUCUUUGCUUGUGAAGGGUGUGCCAGAAAUGCAUGGAGUUUAAUAAAGCAGAUACGGGAUUAUCUCAUCACUCUGCCCUUGAGUGUAUUGGGGAGAGCCAGGGAGACGGGAACGGGGAACUGACAGCCUAGGCUCCAUUCUCGUCUCUAAACUUUCCAUUAACCAAUUUAAAGGGUCUUAAAAGCUUCUCCAAGAGAGAGACUUAGAAAAAAUGAUUUCUGAGUCAACGCUAAUGACUUCAAUUACUGAAUUUGUGAAUAGCUGUGCCCUGGUUUCUGGAUGUGAGCCCAAGUUCAAUAGCAUAGAUGUGGUUGAGAGUCGGGUGUGGGAGGGACUGACGACCAAAACCCCUAGUGACUGUUCAGAUGGGAAAGACCACCAGCUCGGCCAGUUCAAAGGUGGGAAGAAUUGAGGGGAGUGUCCACAUUUCCCUCCCUGCUGCUCCCCCCUUCCCCAACCUUAGUGGUCCUGUCACUUUCCUGUCAUUGCUGGAGCCCUAAGCUUCCUCUAGCUCCACUGCCUCCCCUGCCCCUGCUGCCUUUCCAGGGCUGCCUUACACACUGGCCUUGCACUGCCCUCCCGUGGGGCAGGGGCCUUGUCUUUCUUUUAUUCCAGUAUCCUCAGCACUUAGCACGGGGCCGUGCAGGUAGGGGCUCCAUGCACGCAUUGGUUAAAGCUCAGGGUUUUAAGCUGUGCCAUGCAGUAAUCUCUGCAAAAAAAAAAAAAAAAAGGUUUCUGUGGUCAAAUAAGUUUGGGAAGCGCUGCACUAGACGUCCCCUUUUUAUAGAUUCACAAAGCACAUCAGCAUAUUCAGGGUUCCAAGAAGUCCUGCAGUACAGAGCGUGGUUAACCCGAUGCUUCCCUCAUGGAGCUGAGCACAGAGCGGCACCCUGCAGAUCGCCAAUGAGCCUCCGAGGGGCACCUCUGUGGAAAAGUCACUGCUCGGGGAGCCAGCCUCUUCCCUUCCUGUUAGCAUUUCUGGUUCUCUGAUUACAGCUGCCUCCUGACCAUGCCUGGACCAAGGGGCAGUUCAGACUGUCCAGGGACACUCGGUGUCGUGUGGUGAUGGCCAGAUGCGGCCCUCCUUCCCCCUCAGUCAUUACAAAUUAAGUACUGGUUCCAUUUGAGGUGGCAAGCGUGGAGGUGGGAUAUUUUUAAGCUCUCGCUGUGGAGAGGGAAGGAUGGGAAAGUCGUGAGAGAGAUGUUUUCAAGGGACCAGAAAUCCUUGGCUGUUCAGUCACUGCGGUCUCCACACAGCCCCAGGGGAUGGUCUUCCUCCACAGACCCAGAACUGUGUGCUUUUGCCAUUAAAAUUCCUUUACUAAUGACUCAUUGUCAGGGCCCUGAAAGGAAAUGUGGGGGGAGGACAGGGAGGUGGCCCCUGCCAGCAGGGCCAGCCUGGGUCAGGAUGCUGGGUGACCUGAGGCUCAGGGCCUGGUGCCCUCAGCAAUGAGACCUUUGUGGGAGGAGGCUCUGCUGCCUCAGUUUCCUUAUCCGGAGGUACUAUUUUCAGAGAGCCCUGAUGCUACAGUGGGAAUAAGGCUGUUUGGCUCAUUAUGUCUUUGUGUUAAUACAGUGCUCAUUAAACAUUUAUUCAGUGAA